CACUCAAAAUUACAGAAGAGACGUGCACAAUCAGAAGGUUGGACGUGUAAUAGAUACCUGUUGAAAGGGCACAAGACAAAAAGCCUAUCCUGAUGAUACCCCAAACCAGGAAUUGAUGCGCAUACACGUGGUGGGUCAUUAUGCUGCUGCACCUGUGUAGUGUGAAGAAUCUGUACCAGAACAGGUUUUUAGGCCUGGCCGCCAUGGCAUCUCCAUCUAGAAACAACCAGAACAGGCGCCGCUGCAAGGAGCCACUUCGCCACAGCUACAACCCCAGCCAGUUCCACAGCAUGGCCAUCAGGACCAGCCCCCAUGGCACCGUCACCAUCCCCCGCUCCACCAGCGACACUGACCUGGUUACCUCUGACAGCCGCUCCACGCUCAUGGUCAGCAGCUCCUACUACUCCAUAGGGCACUCCCAGGACCUAGUGAUCCACUGGGACAUAAAGGAGGAAGUGGACGCUGGAGACUGGAUAGGCAUGUAUCUCAUCGAUGAGGUAUUGUCGGAAAACUUUCUGGACUAUAAGAACCGUGGAGUCAAUGGUUCUCAUCGGGGCCAGAUCAUCUGGAAGAUUGAUGCCAGCUCUUACUUUGUGGAACGUGAAACUAAGAUUUGCUUCAAAUACUACCAUGGAGUGAGUGGAGCCCUGAGAGCUACCACCCCAAGUGUCACGGUCAAAAAUUCAGCAGCUCCUAUUUUUAAAAGCGUGGGCUCUUAUGAAACUGUCCAGGAGCAGGGAAGUCGGAGGCUGAUCAGCUUUUCUCUCUCAGAUUUCCAGGCCAUGGGGUUGAAGAAAGGGAUGUUUUUCAACCCAGAUCCUUACUUGAAGAUUUCCAUCCAGCCUGGGAAGCACAGCAUCUUCCCUGCCCUCCCUCACCAUGGGCAGGAGAGGAGAUCUAAAAUCAUAGGCAACACUGUGAACCCCAUCUGGCAGACUGAGCAAUUCAGCUUUGUGUCAUUGCCCACUGACGUGCUGGAAAUUGAGGUGAAGGACAAGUUUGCCAAGAGCCGGCCCAUCAUCAAGCGCUUCUUGGGAAAGCUUUCAAUGCCGGUUCAGAGGCUCCUGGAAAGACACGCCAUAGGGGAUAGGGUGGUCAGCUACACACUCGGCCGCAGGCUCCCAACAGAUCAUGUGAGUGGACAGCUGCAAUUCCGAUUUGAGAUCACUUCCUCCAUCCACCCAGAUGAUGAAGAGAUGUCCCUGAGUACGGAAGCUGAGCCAGCGGGCAUGCCGGGCAGCCCUAUGAACAGCCUGGUGGCGAGCAACCCUGGGGACCCUCUGCAGGAGGCACCAGAGCCCUCGGGAAGCUCCGAGUCAGAGAAGCCGAGGGAGGACAGCGCCCUGGUCUCCGAAGGGAGCGCGAGCCUGGGGCUUGCCAAGCCCGUGGAGGAAGCGGCAGGUACCACUGAGGCAGGAGACAACCUCGACACAGUCUCUGUGGGACCUGAUGGGGCUGGGGAGCUUCUGGGCCUGGGGCGAGAGGACACGGAGCCCACCCUGAGUGCAGAAGAGGUGGCCGAGGGGCUGGCCCUGGGAGGGGAGGCACCCCCACCGGAGCUGCUGGAGGACAGUGAAGCCCAAGACCGCCCUGGGGAUCCUGUGGCAGAGGAAGCGGCCCAAGAGGAAAAGGGACAGGCGGCGGAGGAGGAGGAAGAGGGCGAUGGGCACGUGCCUGCCCUGGGAGCCCCGGAGGACAGGCUGCAGCUGCGCGCCUCGGUGAAGAGGAAGAACAGGCCCUGCUCCCUGCCGGUGUCGGAGCUGGAGACCGUGAUCGCGUCGGCCUGCAGCGACCCAGAGACGCCGCGCACUCACUACAUCCGCAUCCACACGCUGCUGCACAGCCUGCCCCUGGUCCAGGCCGGCAGCCCCGCGGAGGACGACGGCGCGGAGGAAGAGCCCACUCUCAAGGACACGGUGGAGAAGGACGGGCUCAGCGACGGGGACACGGUAGCUGCUGAGCCGCCUGCCCUGGAGGAGGGGUUGGAGGAUCCUGAGGGGGCUACUCUCGGUACGAUGGCCCCCGGCCUCUCCGGCGUGGCCAACAGCUCGGCCCCGGAUGGCGACACGCACCCCAGCACGGGCAGUGAGAGCGACUACAGCCCCAGGCAAGGCGGGGACCACAGCUUCGAGGGCUGCGACGCGUCCUGCUGCAGCCCCUCCUGCUACAGCUCCUCCUGCUACAGCACGUCCUGCUACAGCAGCUCCUGCUACAGCAGCUCCUGCUACAACGGCAACAGGUUCACCAGCCACACCCGCUUCUCCUCCAUGGACAGCGCCAAGAUCUCCGAGAGCACCGUCUUCUCCUCGCAAGAGGAGGAGGAGGAGGAGAACAGCGCGUUCGAGUCGGUGCCGGACGCGGUGCAGAGCCCAGAGCUGGACCUGGAGUCUGUGAACGCGGCCGGGCCGUGGCACGACCAGCCAGCCGCCCCCACCGGGAGCAUGAACGAGAGUGUGGCAAGAACCGCGGAUGGUGUGGAAUCCCCCAUGGCGGGGCCAAGCAGUCGGAGAGAAGGUGAAUGCCCUAUACUCCAUAAUUCCCAGCCAGUAAACCAGCUUCCUUCCUUGAGGCCUGAACAUCAUCACUACCCAACAAUCGAUGAGCCUCUUCCACCAAACUGGGAAGCUCGCAUUGACAGCCAUGGGCGGGUCUUCUAUGUGGACCACGUGAACCGCACAACUACCUGGCAGCGUCCGACAGCAGCAGCCACCCCGGAUGGGAUGCGGAGAUCGGGGUCCAUCCAGCAGAUGGAGCAACUCAACAAGCGGUACCAAAAUAUUCAGCGAACCAUUGCCACAGAGAGGCCGGAAGAAGAUUCUAGUAGCCAAAGUUGUGAGCAAGUCCCAGCAGGAGGCGGCGGAGGAGGUGGUGAGAGUGACUCAGACACUGAAUCUUCUCAGUUGAGCUUAGAUCUGAGGAGAGAAGGGUCACUUUCUCCUGUGAACUCACAAAAAAUCACCUUGCUGCUGCAGUCGCCUGCGGUCAAGUUUAUCACCAAUCCUGAGUUCUUCACUGUACUGCAUGCCAAUUAUAAUGCUUACCGCGUCUUCACCAGUAGCACCUGCUUAAAGCACAUGAUUCUGAAAGUCCGGCGGGAUGCACGCAAUUUUGAACGCUACCAGCAUAACCGGGACUUGGUGAAUUUCAUCAACAUGUUUGCAGACACACGUCUGGAAUUGCCUCGGGGCUGGGAGAUCAAAACGGACCAGCAGGGAAAGUCUUUUUUCGUGGACCACAACAGUCGAGCGACCACUUUCAUUGACCCCCGAAUCCCUCUUCAGAACGGCCGUCUUCCUAAUCAUCUGAUGCAUCGCCAGCACCUCCAGAGGCUCCGCAGUUACAGUGCUGGAGAGGCCUCAGAUGUCUGUAGAAACAGAGGAACCUCUUUAAUGGCCCGGCCAGGACACAGCCUCGUAGCUGCUAUUCGAAGCCAGCAUCAACAUGAGUCGUUGCCACUGGCAUAUAAUGACAAGAUCGUGGCAUUUCUUCGCCAGCCAAACAUUUUUGAAAUGCUGCAAGAGCGUCAGCCGAGCUUGGCAAGAAACCACACACUCAGGGAGAAAAUCCAUUACAUUCGGACUGAGGGUAAUAAUGGGCUGGAAAAGUUGUCCUGUGAUGCAGAUCUAGUUAUUUUGCUGAGUCUCUUUGAAGAAGAGAUUAUGUCCUACAUCCCCCUGCAAGCUGCCUUCCACCCAGGGUACAGCUUCUCUCCUCGCUGUUCACCCUGCUCCUCACCUCAGAACUCCCCAGGUUUACAGAGAGCCAGUGCACGAGCCCCUUCGCCCUACCGGAGAGACUUUGAGGCCAAGCUCCGUAAUUUCUACCGGAAACUGGAAGCCAAAGGAUUUGGUCAGGGUCCAGGGAAAAUUAAGCUCAUCAUUCGCCGGGACCACUUGUUGGAAGGAACCUUCAAUCAGGUGAUGGCCUAUUCCCGGAAAGAGCUCCAGCGAAACAAACUCUACGUCACCUUUGUUGGAGAAGAGGGCCUGGAUUACAGUGGUCCUUCGCGGGAGUUCUUCUUCCUUUUGUCUCAGGAGCUCUUCAACCCUUACUACGGACUCUUUGAGUAUUCUGCAAAUGAUACCUACACGGUGCAAAUCAGUCCCAUGUCUGCAUUUGUGGAAAACCAUCUAGAAUGUUCUGUAACAGAAAGGGAGUUAAAAUCUGGAGGAGCCAACACCCAGGUGACGGAAAAGAACAAGAAGGAGUACAUCGAGAGGAUGGUGAAGUGGCGGGUGGAACGUGGUGUGGUGCAGCAGACAGAGGCCCUGGUGCGGGGCUUUUAUGAGGUCAUAGACUCUAGGCUUGUCUCCGUGUUCGAUGCCAGGGAACUGGAGCUGGUGAUAGCGGGCACAGCAGAAAUCGACCUAAAUGACUGGCGGAAUAACACCGAGUACCGGGGAGGUUACCAUGAUGGGCAUCUUGUGAUCCGCUGGUUCUGGGCCGCGGUGGAGCACUUCAAUAAUGAGCAGAGGUUAAGAUUACUUCAGUUCGUCACAGGAACAUCAAGUGUGCCCUAUGAAGGCUUCGCGGCCCUUCGAGGAAGCAAUGGGCUGCGGCGCUUCUGCAUAGAGAAAUGGGGGAAAAUUACAUCUCUACCCAGGGCACACACAUGCUUCAACAGAUUGGAUCUUCCACCUUAUCCCUCAUACUCCAUGUUGUAUGAAAAGCUGUUAACAGCAGUAGAAGAAACUAGCACUUUUGGACUUGAAUAAAGAAAUGGAAUCUCGCCUGACAUUUUCCUGGACAGUGACACCACCCUUUCCGGAAAAAUCCCCCUUUCCUUUUCCCUUUCCUUGAAUCAACUCUUCUUUGAUGUUGGUACUUCAUGAUUUUUAUUUUCAAACCAAAUCAGAAUGGACAAAAGCUGUGCAUGAAGAACUGCCUUCUUCUAAGAUAUAACCUUCAGGCUUAUCUCCUCUAUUUUCAAUGAACUGCU